CCAACCAUAGACAAACAAUUCAAACAAGUUGUUUUAACAUGGAACCAAAACCAUGGGUUCAAAUACACUUGGAAUGUUGAAAGUUCUCAUUACUACAAUCACAUUACUGAACUCAGAAGUAACAACUCCUGCCACCUUCCCCACUCCUUGUCCUCCAUCCAUUCCCAUUCCCAUUCCCAUUCCCAAAAGCGAAGAACAAACACCCACGUUCAGAUCAGAAGGGAGGGUGUUCUACUUUCCCAUUUCCCACCAGUUUGACCGUAUAAUAAUCCCAGUCUCCCGCUCUCUCCCCCAGUUAAUUAAUUUAAUUAAUCUCUCCACCCUCGCCUCUGCAUCUGCACUGCAUAUGGCUCACUCACUCACAACCUGCCUGUCACUGCUCUGUCAAAAAAGCAUUUCAAUUUUAAACAAACAAGUUGGACAUCUCUAUCUAUCUAUGCACAUGCAAUUACCUCAUUAUGACCGUCUUUACUCUCCUCCCAAGCUGCCUGCCUCGCUGUAAAUGCAGCUGUGGGGUUUUUAACUUAGACAAGGACAACACCAAGAGAAAAAAACUCCACAGCUGCUCUUCUUGAUGGGGAAGAAGGGAGGCAGCACUUCCUCUUGGUUGACUGCAGUGAAGAGGGCUUUCAGAUCUCCCACCAAGGAAUCCACCGAUAACCGAAGAAGAGGCCAAAACCAUGACCAAGACGUCGUCGACGAUGAAGAAAAGAAACGAGAGAAGCGGAGAUGGAUAUUCAGGAAACCCACCAGCCAAGAAGCUGCUGCACCAAUCCAACAAAAGCCCACACCUCCACCCGCCGACCAGUCAGCAGCAGCAGCAGCUGAGCAGAGGCAUGCCAUCGCGGUGGCCGUAGCCACCGCAGCAGCUGCAGAAGCCGCCGUGGCCACUGCUCAGGCUGCUGUGGAGGUCGCCAGGCUUGCUAGGCCUAACUACCACGCCAGGGAGCACUAUGCUGCCAUUGUCAUUCAAACCUCCUUUAGAGGAUAUCUGGCGAGGAGGGCAUUGAGAGCGCUGAAGGGGCUGGUGAAGUUGCAGGCACUCGUCAGGGGACACAACGUGAGGAAGCAAGCCAAGAUGACAUUGAGAUGCAUGCAAGCUCUGGUUCGAGUCCAAAGUCGAAUCCUCGAUCAAAGGAUGCGCCUUUCCCACGAAGGCAGCCGGAAAUCCACCUUCAGCGACACCACUAGCAUUAUCGAAUCAAGAUACUUGCAAGACCUCUCUGACCGGAAAUCCAUGCAGUCCAGAGAAGGAAGCAGCAGCAUUGCCGCUGACGAUUGGGAUGAGCGGCCGCACACCAUUGAAGAAGUGAAGGCAAUGCUUCAGCAGAGGAAAGAUGCUGCCUUGAAUCGCCAGAGGAACCUGUCUCAACAGGCGAAGAUAUGGAGGAAUAGUGGCAGGAGUCCAUCAGUAGGAAGCGAAGCAGAGCUCCAAGACAACAGACCACCGCAACAAUGGCUGGAUCGAUGGAUGGCAGCCAAGCCAUGGGACAGCAGUAGAGCCAGAGCAUCAACUGACCAUAGAGAUCCAAUCAAGACCGUAGAAAUGGACACGUCAUCGCAGCCGUACACUUACCUGGCAUCAUCCAAUAACAGCAGGAGACCGUCGAACCUAACCCACCAAAGACCCAGCUCUCCGGCGCGUCACAGAUCCAACGAAAUGCCGCCGUUUCACCAUCAGAGUCCCAUCGCGGUCACGCCUUCUCCGUCGCGGACCAGGCCGGUCCAGGUCCGGUCGGCGAGCCCCAGAUCGUCGUGCUUCAGAGAAGAUUACAGAUCGAAUUCGUCACAGACUCCCAGCCUCAGAUCCAAUUACCGCUACACCGGCAAUUUGUCGAACCAUCAACACGGAUUGACAAGGAGCUCGAAUUCCUCUGCCGCUUCCUCCGCCGUCGGCUCGCUGCCGAAUUACAUGGCGGCAACGGAAUCAGCGAGGGCAAGGAGCGCGCCGAGGCAGAGACCUUCGACGCCGGAGCGGGACGGCGGGAACAGAGGACCCGGAGCCGGCGGGUGUGCGAAGAAGCGGCUGUCGUUCCCGGUCCCGGAUCCACACUUGACUUCCGGACUGGGCCAGUACCCGUUGAGAAGCCCGAGCUUCAAGAGCGUGAGUAGCAGCGCGUAUUACGGCGGGUUGGAGCAGCAGUCGAACUACUCGUCUUGCUAUACGGAGAGCGUGAUUGGGUGCGGCGGCGGAGGUGGAGGUGGCGGUGGCGAGGUUUCCCCUUCUUCCACAGGCGAUCGCAGGCGGUGGUUAGGGUGACGUAUUAGAUCGAAGCUGGGUCGGGUCAUGGAUAACCCGUUGGUGAAUUAACACGUUAUUUUUAUUACGAUUAUUGUUUGGGAACAUCACUUGUAGUUAGCAAUUAGCAUGUAACCUUAAUGGUGUGGAUUUAAUUUUGCUUAAAUGCUGACUUCAUAAGCAUUAUUCGAUGAUUGUGCAUCUUGAGAGUAUAUUCUCGCAGCAGUUUUAUGAGCAUCAUAGAGUCUGAAUUGGAUAGAUGUGGCCAUGUAGGAGCUCUCACAUAAUUAGGAAUGACAAUGGACAGGUCUGGGCGGGUUUUUUUGUACACUGAUCCGUUCUAUGACAGGUCGGGUAAUUUAUCACGGGUUGCAGGUUGGGGUAGGUCGACCCAAUGGGUAUGUAAUUCAUAUGAAAAAUAUUAGAACUAUUCAUUAUUUUUAGGUUAAAUACACUAGUAUAUCCAAAACUUUCACGGUUGUGCCAAUAAUAUCCAAAUUUCCCGAAAUACCACUUAUAUCCAAUUCCUUCACAUUCUUUAAAGGUGUUUUUGGAUAUACAAGUGUAUUUAACCAAAAAUAUAUUGAGAAAUGGAUAGAUUUGGCAAAGAACAACUUUAAAACAUGGAUAUAAGUGGUAUUUCGGGAAAUUUGGAUAUUAUUGGCACAACCGUGAAAGUUUUGGAUAUACAAGUGUAUUAAACCUUAUUUUUAUUAUAAGAUUAAGAAAACAAGCAAUAUUAUGAUAAAUGUAGUUAAAUUAUUAGAGAAAUUAAUCUUUUCACUAAUUUACAACUUUAUUAUAGCUAAAUUAUGAUAUAACAAAAGAAAAUUCCUAAGUAAUUUGACUAAGAUUACAUGUAAUUUAGGCAAGACCGGGUCGAGAAUGGGGUAGGUCAGGGCAAGUCCGGUCAAUGAGAGUACUUAUGCCCGCCCCGCCUACGGGGCGAGUCGGCCCCACCCAAAAAAGGCCAAACAAAUCGGGUAAAACGGGUCAGGUCGAAAUUGUCAUCCCUACAUUGCUACUUUGUGUUGGUUCAUCGGUUGGUCAUAAAUGCUAGUAACACCUACAACAAGAAACUCAUUAUAAUUUAUCCAACACAGAUGUUUGGCCAACUUUUUUGAAGGCUAUUCUGAAUUCUCCACUGAUGUUGGAAACUAUCCAUGAUAGAUUUUGAUCGUGUUUUCAAGACUAUCCAUAACAUAUUUUGGGCUAUUUUUUAUUAUUAUAUUUUCAUCGAUUUUUCAAAAAUUUCUACGAUUUUUUUAAGGCUAUUUUUCAUUGAUUUUGAAGGUCAUACAUUACAAAUUUUGGCCAAUUUUUUUAAGGCUAUUCUUCAAAAUAUUUUAAAAACUAUCCAACACAAAUUUGGACCGAUUUUUUUGAAGGCUAUUAUUCACUGAUUUGAAGAAAUCAAUCUGAUUUUGAAGACUAUCCAUUGUCGAUUUUGAAAGAUAUCAUUCACAGAUUUUGUGCGAUUUUGUUAAGGCUAUUCUUCAUCGAUUCUCAAUGAUAUUAAUCACAGAUUUUACUCAAUUUUUUCGGAUUGCUAUCCUUCACCGAUUUUGAAGGCUAUCCAUCAAAGAUUUUGGCUGAUUCUUGAAGGUUAUUCCUCACCUAUUUUGAAGGCUAUCCAUCAUAGAAUUUGACCAAAUUUUUGAAGGCUAUUAUUCGACAUGUUGAAGACUAUCCGGAGCCAUUUUGAAGGCUAUCAUUCACAGAUUUUGUGCAUUUUGUUAAGGCUAUUCUUAACCGAUUCUCAAGGAUAUCCAUCAUAGAUUUUGAUCAAUAUUUUUGAAUUACUAUUCUUCACCUUGGAUUUUGAAAGGUACAUAUCACAUAUUAAACAUAAGGCUAUUAUUCACUGAGGAUUAAGUCUAUUAAACACCGAUUUGGGCGGAUUUUUUCCGGAGCCAUUUUGAUAGAGUAAGGAUAUUAUUUUCAAAACCUAACAAUUAAGCUAAUUUCAAGCUACACAUUAUCUGUAUUGAUUUUAUGGUUGUAAGACAAGUGUCGAAAGAGUCUUUUCGGCUUUGGGUUGCAUCAAUAACAAGUUUAAGAACAAAUAUGUGAUAAGUUCGUGAAUAAUUGUCUAAUAAGAAAUAGAGAGACAAUUUUUUGAGCAGUGUAGACACCAAGUAUAUUCUACAAUUAUUUCCGAAUAUGAAAUCCAUAAGUGAUCUGUAGCCUCCAGAAUCGAAAGAAAAUAGCAUUUCAGAAAAAUAGCCCGAAAUCAGUAAUGGUACCCCUUUGGAAUCCGCCAAAAAUUGACCCGGAAUAAAUUCGCCCAAACCGGUGCUUAAUGGACUUAAUCAUCGUUGAAUAAUAGCCUCAGGCCGAAUCCGUGACCUGUAGCCUUCAAAAUCUAAAGACAAUGGACUUUCGUCGCCCCUUAAACUACGAAAAUGCCAUCUGAAAAUAAAUUGGCCCAAAUCGGUGCUUAAUGGACUUAUCAUCCGUGGAGAAUAGGAUCAAUAGACUUCAUUAUCGGUGGAGAAUAGUUCGGCCUGAUUCCGUGAUCUGUAACCUCCAGAAUCGAAAGAAAAUUGCAUUUCAGAAAAAUCGCCCGAAAUCUGUGAUGGUACCCCUUUGGAAUAUGCCAAAAAUUGACCCAGAAUAAAUCCGCCCAAAUCGGUGCUUAAUAGACUUAAUCAUCGUUGAAGAAUAGCCUCAUGCCAAAUCCGUGACAUGUAGUCUUCAAAAUAAAUAAAAAAGGCCUUUCGUCGACCCAUAAACUACGAAAAUGCCAUACGAAAAUAAAUUGCCCAAAUCGGUGAUUAAUGGACUUAUCAUCCGUGGAUAAUAGGAUCAAUAGACUUCAUUAUCGGUGGAGAAUAGCCUCGGCGUGAUUCCGUGAUCUGUAACUUCCAGAAUCGAAAGAAAAUGGCAUUUCGGAAAAAUCGCCCGAAAUUUGUGAUGGUACCCCUUUGGAAUCUGUCAAAAAUUGACCCAGAAUAAAUCCGCCCAAAUCGGUGCUUAAUGGACUUAAUCAUCAUUGAAGAAUAGCCUCAGGCCGAAUCCGUGACAUGAAGCCUUCAAAAUCCAAAGGAAAUGGCCUUUCGUCGCCCCAUAUAUUACGAAAAUGCAAUCACAAAAUAAAUUGGUCGAAAUUGGUGCUAAUAAACUUAUCAUCCGUGGAGAAUAGGAUCAAUAGACUUCAUUAUCGGUGGAGAAUAGCCUCGGCUUGAUUCCGGGAUCUGUAGCUUCCAGAAUCGAAAGAAAAUAGCAUUUCGGAGAAAUCGCCCGAAAUUUGUGAUGGUACCCGUUUGGAAUCUUCCAAAAAUUGCCCCAGAAUAAAUCCGCCCAAAUAAGUGCUUAAUGGACUUAAUCAUCGUUAAAGAAUAGCCUCAGGCCGAAUCCGUGACAUGUAGCCUAUAAAAUCCAAAGAAAAUGGCAUUUCGUCGCCCCAUAAAUUACGAAAAUGUCAUCAGAAAAUUAAUUGACCCAAAUCUGUGCUUAAUGGACUUAUCAUCCGUGGAGAAUAUGAUCUAGAGACUUCAUUAUCAGUGGAGAAUAGCCUCGGCCUGAUUCAGUGAUCUGUAACCUCCAGAAUCGAAAGAAAAUGGCAUUUCAAAAAAAUCGCCCGAAAUCUGUGAUGGUACCCCUGUGGAAUUUGCCAAAAAUUGACCCAGAAUAAAUCCGCCAAAAUCAGUGCUUAAUGGACUUAAUCAUCGUUGAAGAAUAGCCUCAUGUCGAAUCCAUGACCUGUAGCCUUCAUAAUAAAAAAAGGCCUUUCGUCGCCACAUAAAUUACGAAAAUGCCAUAAGAAAAUAAAUUGGCCCAAAUCGGUGCUUAAUGGACUUAUCAACCGUGGAGAAUAGGAUCAAUAGACUUCAUUAUCGGUGGAAAUAGCCUCGGACUGAUUCCGUGAUCUGUAUCCUCCAGAAUCAAAAGAAAAUGGCAAUUCGGAAAAAUCGUCCAAAAUCUGUGAUGGUACCACUUUGGAAUUUGCCAAAAAUUGACCCGGAAUAAAUCCGCCAAAAUCAGUGCUUAAUGGACUUAAUCAUCGUUGAAGAAUAGCCUCAGGGCGAAUCCGUGACACGGAGCCUUCAAAAUCCAAAGAAAAUGGCCUUUCGUCGCACCAUAAAUUACGAAAAUGCCAUCCGAAAAUAAAUUGGCCCAAAUCGGUGCUUAAUGGAUUUAUCAUCUGUGGAGAAUAGGAUCUAGAGACUUCAUUAUCGGUGGAGAAUAGCCUCGGCCUGAUUCCGUUAUCUGUAGCCUCCAGAAUCAUAAGAAAAUGGCAUUUCUGAAAAAUCGCCCGAAAUCUGUGAUGGUACCCCUUUGAAAUCUGCCAAAAAUUGACCCGGAAUAAAUCCUCCAAAAUCGGGUCUUAAUGAACUAAAUCAUCGUUGAAGAAUAGCCUCAUGCCGAAUCCGUGAUCUGUAGCCUUCAAAAUCAAAGAAAAUGGCCUCUCGUCGCCCCAUAAAUUACGAAAAUGCCAUCUGAAAAUAAAUUGGCCCAAAUCGGUGCUUAAUGGACUUAUCAUCUGUGGAGAAUAGGAUCUUUAGAAUUCAUUAUAGGUGAAGAAUAGCCUCGGCCCGAUUCCGUUAUCUGUAGCAUCCAAAAUCAAAAGAAAAUGGCAUUUCGGAAAAAUCGCUCGAAAUCUAUGAUAGUACCCUUUUCGAAUCUACCAAAAAUUGAUCCAGAAUAAAUCCGCCCAAAUUGGUUAUUAAUGGAUUUAAACAUCGUUGAUGAAUAGCCUCAUGCUGAAUCCGUGACAUGUAGCCUUCAAAAUUCAAAGAAAAUGGCCUUUCGUCGCCCCAUAAAUUACGAAAAUGCCAUCCGAAAAUAAAUUGGCCCAAAUCGGGGCUUAAUGGACUUAUCAUCCGCGAAGAAUAGGAUCUAGAGACUUCAUUAUUGGUGGAGAUUAGCCUCGGCCUGAUUCCGUGAACUGUAGCCUCCAGAAUCAAAAUAAAAUGGCAUUUCGGAAAAAUAGCCACAAAUCUUUGAUGGUACCACUUUGGAAUAUGCAAAAAAUUGAUCCGGAUUAAAUCCAUCCAAAUCGGUGCUUAAUGGACUUAAUCAUCGUUGAAGAAUAGCCUUAGGCCGAAUCCGUGACCUGUAACCUUCAAAUUCCAAAGAAAAUGGCAUUUCUUCACCCCAUAAAUUACGAAAAUGUCAUCGGAAAAUAAAUUGGCCCAAAUCCGUGCUUAAUGGAUUUAUCAUCCGUGGAGAAUAAGAUCAAUAGACUUCAUUAUCGGUGGAGAAUAGCCACGGCCUAAUUCCGUGAUCUGUAGCCGCCAGAAUCAAAAGAAAAUGUCAUUUUGGAAAAAUCGCCCGAAAUCUGUGAUGGUACCCCUUUGGAAUCUGCCAAAAAUUGACCCGGAAUAAAUCCGCCCAAAUUGGUGCUUAAUGGACUUAAUCAUUGUUGAAAAAUUGCCUCAGGCCGAAUCCGUGACCUGUAACCUUCAAAAUCAAAAGAAAAUGACCUUGCGUUGCCCCAUAAAUUACGAAAAUGCCAUCCAAAAAUAAAUUGGCCUAAAUCGUUGCUUAAUGGACUUAUCAUCUGUGGAGAAUAGGAUCAAUAGACUUCAUUAUCGGCGGAGAAUAGCCUCGGCCUGAUUCCGUGAUCUGUAGCCUCUAGAGUCCAAUGAAAUGGCAUUUCAGAAAAUCGCUCGAAAUCUGUGAUGGUACCCCUGUGGAAUCUGUCAAAAAUUGACCCGGAAUAAAUCCGGCCAAAUCACUGCUUAAUGGACUUAAUUAUUAUCGAAAAAUAGCCUCAGGCUGAAUCCGUGAACUGUAGCCUUCAAAAUCCAAAGAAAAUUGCCUUUUGUCGCCCCAUAAAUUACGAAAAUGUCAUCCGAAAAUAAAUUGCCCUAAAUCGUUGCUUAAUGGACUUAUCAUCCGUGGAGAAUAGGAUCAAUAGACUUAAUUGUCGGUGGAGACUAGCCUCGGCCUGAUUCCGUGAUCUGUAUCCUCUAGAGUCCAAUGAAAUGGCAUUUCGGAAAAAUCGCUCGAAAUCUGUGAUGGUACUCCUUUGGAAUCUGCCAAAAAAUUGACCCUGAAUAAAUACGCCCAAAUCGGUGCUUAAUGGACUUAUUCAUUGUUGAAAAAUAGCCUCAGGUCGAAUCCGUGACCUGUAGCCUUCAAAAUCCAAAGAAAAUGGCCUUUCGUCGCCCCAUAAAUUACGAAAAUGCCAUCCGAAAAUAAAUUGGCCUAAAUCGUUGAUUAAUGGACUUAUCAUCUGUGGAGAAUAGGAUCAAUAGACUUCAUUAUCGGCGGAGAAUAGCCUCUGCCUGAUUCCGUGAUCUGUAGCCUCUAGAGUCCAAUGAAAUGGCAUUUCGGAAAAUCGCUCGAAAUCUGUGAUGUUACCCCUUUGGAAUCUGUCAAAAAUUGACCCGGAAUAAAUCCGCCCAAAUCACUGCUUAAUGGACUUAAUUAUUAUCGAAAAAUAGCCUCAGGCUGAAUCCGUGAACUAUAGCCCUCAAAAUCCAAAGAAAAUUGCCUUUUGUCGCCCCAUAAAUUACGAAAAUGUCAUCCGAAAAUAAAUUGCCCUAAAUCGUUGCUUAAUGGACUUAUCAUCCGUGGAGAAUAGGAUCAAUAGACUUCAUUGUCGGUGGAGACUAGCCUCGGCCUGAUUCCGUGAUCUGUAUCCUGUAGAGUCCAAUGAAAUGACAUUUCGGAAAAAUCGCUCGAAAUCUGUGAUGGUACCCCUUUGGAAUCUGCCAAAAAAUUGACCCGGAAUAAAUACGCCCAAAUCGGUGCUUAAUGGACUUAUUCAUUGUUGAAAAAUAGCCUCAGGCCGAAUCCGUGACCUGUAGCCUUCAAAAUCCAAAGAAAAUGGCCUUUCGUCGCCCCAUAAAUUACGAAAAUGCCAUCCGAAAAUAAAUUGUCUCAAAUCGGCGCUUAAUGGACUUAUCAUCUGUGGAGAAUAGGAUCAAUAGACUUCAUAAUCGAUGGGGAAUAGCAUCUGCCUGAUUCCGUGAUCUGUAGCCUCUAGAGUCCAAUGAAAUGGCAUUUCGGAAAAUCUGUGAUGGUACCGCUUUGGAAUUUGGAAAAAAUUGAUCCGGAAUAAAUCCGCCCAAAUCGAUGCUUAAUUGACCUAAUCAUUGUUGAAAAAUAGCCUCAGGCCGAAUCCGUGACAUGUAGCCUUCAAAAUCCAAAUAAAAUGGCUUUUCGUUCGCCCCAUAAAUUACGAAAAUGUCAUCCGAAAAUAAAUUGGCCCUAAUCGGUGCUUAAUGGACUUAUCAUCCGUGGAGAAUAGGAUCAAUAGACAUCAUUAUCGGUGGAGAAUAGCUGCGGCCUGAUUCCGUGAUCUAUAGCCUCAAGAAGCGAAAGAAAAUGGCAUUAUGGAAAAAUCGCCCGAAAUCUGUGAUGGUACCCCUUUGGAAUCUGCCAAAAAUUGGCCCGAAAUAAAUCCGCCCAAAUCGGUGCUUAAUGGACUUAAGCAUUGUUGAAAAUUUGCCUCAGGCCGAAUCCGUGACCUGUGGCCUUCAAAAUCCAAAGAAAAUGCCCUUUCGACGCCCCAUAAAUUAUGAAAAUGCCAUCCGAAAAUAAAUUGGCCUAAAUCGUUGCUUAAUGGACUUAUCAUCCGUGGAGAAUAGGAUUAAUAGACUUCAUUGUCAGUGGAGAGUAGUGUCGGCCUGAUUCCGUGAUCUGUAUCCGCCAGAAUCCAUUGAAAAUGGCAUUUCGGAAAAAUCGCCGGAAAUCUGUGAUGGUACCCCAUUUGGAAUCUGCAGAAAAUUGACCCGGAAUAAAUCCGCCCAAAUCGGUGCUUAAUGGACUUAGUCAUCGUUGAAGAAUAGCCUCAGGCUGAAUCUGUGACCUGUAGCCUUCAAAAUCCAAAAAAAUGGCCUUUCGUCGCCUCAUAAAUUACGAAAAUGCCAUCCAAAAAUAAAUUGUCCCAAAUCGGCGCUUAAUGGACUUAUCAUUUGUGGAGAAUAGGAUCAAUAGACUUCAUUAUCGAUGGGGAAUAGCAUCUGCCUGAUUCCGUGAUCUGUAGCCUCAAGAAGCGAAAGAAAAUGGCAUUUCGGAAAAUCGCCCGAAAUCUGUGAUGGUACCCCAUUUGGAAUCUGCCCAAAAUUGACCCGGAAUAAAUCCGCCCAAAUUGGUGCUUAAUGGACUUAAUCAUUGUUGAAAAAUGGCCUCAGGCCGAAUCCGUGACUGUAACCUUCAAAAUCAAAAGAAAAUGACCUUUCGUCGCCCCAUAAAUUACGAAAAUGCCAUCCGAAAAUAAAUUGGCCUAAAUCGUUGCUUAAUGGACUUAUCAUCUGUGGAGAAUAUGAUCAAUAGACUUCAUUAUCGGUGGAGAAUAGCCACGGCCUGAUUCCGUGAUCUGUAGCCUCUAGAGUCCAAUGAAAUGGCAUUUCGGAAAAUCGCUCGAAAUCUGUGAUGGUACCCCCUUUGGAAUCUGUCAAAAAUUGACCCGGAAUAAAUCCGCCCAAAUCACUGCUUAAUGGACUUAAUCAUUAUAGAAAAAUAGCCUCAGGCCGAAUCCGUGAACUUUAGCCUUCAAAAUCCAAAGAAAAUUGCCUUUUGUCGCCCCAUAAAUUACGAAAAUGUCAUCCGAAAAUAAAUUGCCCUAAAUCGUUGCUUAAUGGACUUAUCAUCCGUGGAGAAUAGGAUCAAUAGACUUCAUUGUCGGUGGAGACUAGCCUCGGCCUGAUUCCGUGAUCUGUAUCCUCUAGAGUCCAAUGAAAUGGCAUUUCGGAAAAAUCGCUCGAAAUCUGUGAUGGUACUCCUUUGGAAUCUGCCAAAAAAUUGACCCGGAAUAAAUACGCCCAAAUCGGUGCUUAAUGGACUUAUUCAUUGUUGAAAAAUAGCCUCAGGCCGAAUCCGUGACCUGUAGCCUUCCAAAUCCAAAGAAUGGCCUUUCGUCGCCCCAUAAAUUACGAAAAUGCCAUCCGAAAAUAAAUUGUCCCAAAUCGGCGCUUAAUGGACUUAUCAUCCGUGGAGAAUAGGAUCAAUAUACUUUAUUACCGGUGAAGAAUACCCGGCCUGAUUCCGUGAUCUGUAGACUCAAGAAUCGAAAGAAAAUGGCAUGUCGGAAAAAUCUCCCGAAAUCUGUGAUGGUACCCCUUUGGAAUCUGCCAAAAAUUGACCGAGAAUAAAUCCGCCCAAAUCGGUGCUUAAUGGACUUAAUCAUUGUUGAAAAAUAGCGUCAGGCCGAAUCCGCGACCUGUAGCUUUAAAAAUCCAAAGAAAAUGGCCUUUCGUUAGGCCCAUAAAUUACGAAAAUGCCAUCCGACAAUAAAUUGUCUCUAAUCGGCGCUUAAUGGACUUAUCAUCCGUGGAGAAUAGGAUCAAUAUACUUUAUUAUCGGUGGAGAAUACCCUCGACCUGAUUCCGUGAUCUGUAGACUCAAGAAUCGAAAGAAAAUGGCAUGUCGGAAAAAUCUCCCGAAAUCUGUGAUGGUACCCCUUUGCAAUCUGGAAAAAAUUGACCCGGAAUAAAUCCGCCCAAAUCGGUGCAUAAUUGACCUAAUCAUUGUUGAAAAAUAGCCUCUGGCCGAAUCUGUGACAUGUAGCCUUCAAAAUCCAAAGAAAAUGGCUUUUCAUCGCCCCAUAAAUUACGAAAAUGCCAUCCGAAAAUAAAUUGUCCCAAAUCGGCGCUUAAUGGACUUAUCAUCUGUGGAGAAUAGGAUCAAUAGACUUCAUUAUCGAUGGGGAAUAGCAUCUGCCUGAUUCCGUGAUCUGUAGCCUCUAGAGUCCAAUGAAAUGGCAUUUCGGAAAAUCGCUCUAAAUCUGUGAUGUUACCCCUUUAGAAUCUGCCAAAAAUUGACCCGGAAUAAAUCUGUCCAAAUCGGUGCUUAAUGGAUUUAAUCAUUGUUGAAAAAUUGCCUCAGGCCGAAUCUGUGACCUGUAACUUUCAAAAUCCAAACAAAAUGACCUUUCGUCGCCCCAUAAAUUACGAAAAUUCCAUCCGAAAAUAAAUUGGCCUAAAUCGUUGCUUGAUGGACUUAUCAUCCAUGGAGAAUAGGAUCAAUAGACUUCAUUGUCGGUGGAGACUAGCCUCGGCCUGAUUCCGUGAUCUGCAUCCGCCAAAAUCCAUUCAAAAUGGCAUUUCGGAAAAAUCGCCAGAAAUCUGUGAUGGUACCCAUUUGGAAUCUGCGCAAAAUUGACCCGGAAUAAAUCCGCCCAAAUCGGUGCUUAAUGGACUUAAUCAUCGUUGAAGAAUAGCCUCAGGCCGAAUCCGUGACCUGUAACCUUCAAAAUCCAAAGAAAAUGGCCUUUCGUCGCACCAUAAAUUACGAAAAUGCCAUCCGAAAAUAAAUUGUCCCAAAUCGGCGCUUAAUGGACUUAUCAUCCGUGGAGAAUAGGAUCAAUAGACUUCAUUGUCAGUGGAGACUAGUGUCGGCCUGAUUCCGUGAUCUGCAUCCGCCAGAAUCCAUUGAAAAUGGCAUUUCGGAAAAAUCGCCGGAAAUCUGUGAUGGUACCCCAUUUGGAAUCUGCCGAAAAUUGACCCGGAAUAAAUCCGCCCAAAUCGGUGCUUAAUGGACUUAAUCAUCAUUGAAGAAUAGCCUCAGGCUGAAUCUGUGACCUGUAGCCUUCAAAAUCCAAAGAAAAUGGCCGUUCGUCGCCCCAUAAAUUACGAAAAUGCCAUCCGAAAAUAAAUUGUCCCAAAUCGGCGCUUAAUGGACUUAUCAUCUGUGGAGAAUAGGAUCAAUAGACUUCAUUAUCGAUGGGGAAUAGCAUCUGCCUGAUUCCGUGAUCUGUAGCCUCUAGAGUCCAAUGAAAUGGCAUUUCGGAAAAUCGCUCUAAAUCUGUGAUGUUACCCCUUUGGAAUCUGCCAAAAAUUGACCCGGAAUAAAUCUGCCCAAAUCGGUGCUUAAUGGAUUUAAUCAUUGUUGAAAAAUUGCCUCAGGCCGAAUCUGUGACCUGUAACCUUCAAAAUCCAAACAAAAUGACCUUUCGUCGCCCCAUAAAUUACGAAAAUUCCAUCCGAAAAUAAAUUGGCCUAAAUCGUUGCUUGAUGGACUUAUCAUCCAUGGAGAAUAGGAUCAAUAGACUUCAUUGUCGGUGGAGACUAGCCUCGGCCUGAUUCCGUGAUCUGCAUCCGCCAGAAUCCAUUCAAAAUGGCAUUUCGGAAAAAUCGCUAGAAAUCAGUGAUGGUACGUACCCCUUUGGAAUCUGCCCAAAAGUGACCCGGAAUAAAUCCGCCCAAAUCGGUGCUUAAUGGACUUAAUCAUCGUUGAAGAAUAGCCUCAGGCUGAAUCUGUGACCUGUAGCCUUCAAAAUCCAAAGAAAAUGGCCUUUCAUCGCCCCAUAAAUUACGAAAAUGCCAUCCGAAAAUAAAUUGUCCCAAAUCGGCGCUUAAUGGAAUUAUCAUCCGUGGAGAAUAGGAUCAAUAUACUUUAUUACCGGUGAAGAAUACCCGGCCUGAUUCCGUGAUCUGUAGACUCAAGAAUCGAAAGAAAAUGGCAUGUCGGAAAAAUCUCCCGAAAUCUAUGAUGGUACCCCUUUGGAAUCUGCCAAAAAUUGACCGAGAAUAAAUCCGCCCAAAUCGGUGCUUAAUGGACUUAAUCAUUGUUGAAAAAUAGCGUCAGGCCGAAUCCGCGACCUAUAGCUUUAAAAAUCCAAAGAAAAUGGCCUUUCGUUCGGCCCAUAAAUUACGAAAAUGCCAUCAGAAAAUAACUUGAGCCAAAUCGGUGCUUAAUGGACUUAUCAUCCGUGGAGAAUAGGAUCAAUAGACUUCAUUAUCGGUGGAGAAUAGCAGCGGCCUGAUUCCGUGAUCUGUAGCCUCAAGAAUCGAAAGAAAAUGGCAUUUUGGAAAAAUCGCCCGAAAUCUGUGAUGGUACCCCUUUGGAAUCUGCCAAAAAUUGACCCAGAAUAAAUCCGCCCAAAUCGAUGCUUAAUGGACUUAAUCAUUUUUGAAAAAUAGCCUCCGGCCGAAUCAGUGACCUAAAGCCUUCAAAAUCAAAGAAAAUGCCCUUUCGUCGCCUCAUAAAUUACGAAAAUGCCAUCCGAAAAUAAAUUGGCCUAAAUCGUUGCUUAAUGGACUUAUCAUCCGUGGAGAAUAGGAUCAAUAUACUUCAUUGUCGGUGGAGACUAGCCUCGGCCUGAUUCCGUGAUAUUUAUCAACCAGAAUCCAUUCAAAAUGGCAUUUUGGAAAAAUCGCCCGAAAUCUGUGAUGGUACCCAUUUGGAAUAUGCCAAAAAUUGACCCGGAAUAAAUCCGCCCAAAUUGGUGCUUAAUGGACUUAAUCAUUGCUGAAAAAUUGCCUAAGGCCGAAUCCGUGACCUGUAAAUUUCAAAAUCCAAAGAAAAUGACCCUUCGUCGCCCCAUAAAUUACGAAAAUGCUAUCCAAAAAUAAAUUGGCCUAAAUCGUUGCUUAAUGGACUUAUCAUCUGUGGAGAAUAGGAUCAAUAGACUUCAUUAUCGGUGGAGAAUAGCCUCGGCUUGAUUCCGUGAUCUGUAGCCUCUAGAGUCCAAUGAAAUGGCAUUUCGGAAAAUUGCUCGAAAUCUGUGAUGGUACCCCUUUGGAAAAUGUCAAAAAUUGACCCGGAAUAAAUCCCCCACAUCACUGCUUAAUGGACUUAAUCAUUGUGUAAAAACACCCUCAGGCUGAAUCCGUGACCUGUAGCCUUCAAAAUCCAAAGAAAAUGGCCUUUCGUCUCCCCAUAAAUUACGAAAAUGCCAUCCGAAAAUAAAUUGUCCCAAAUCGGUGCUUAAUGGACUUAUCAUCCGUGGAGAAUAGGAUUAAUAUACUUUAUUAUCGGUGGAGAAUAGCCUCAGCCUGAUUCCGUGAUCUGUAGCCUCAAGAAUCGAAAGAAAAUGGCAUUUUGGAAAAAUCGCCCGAAAUCUGUGAUGGUACCCCUUUGGAAUCUGCCAAAAAUUGACCCGGAAUUAAUCCGCCCAAAUCAAUGCUUAAUAGACUUAAUAAUUGUUGAAAAAUAGCCUCAAGGCGAAUCCGUGACAUGUAGCCUUCAAAAUCCAAAGAAAAUGCCCUUUCGUCAACCAUUAAUUACGAAAAUGCCAUCCGAAAAUAAAUUGGCCUAAAUCGUUUGGACUUAUCAUCCGUGGAGAAUAGGAUCAAUAGACUUCAUUGUCGAUGGAGACUUGCCUCGGCCUGAUUCCGUGAUCUGUAUCUGCCAGAAUCCACUGAAAAUGGCAUUUCGGAAAAAUCGCCCGAAAUCUGUGAUGUUACCCCUUUGGAAUCUGCCAAAAAUUGACCCGGAAUAAAUCCGCCCAAAUCGGUGCUUAAUUGACUUAAUCAUUGUUGGAAAAUAGCCUCAGGCCGAAUCCGUGACAUGUAGCCUUCAAAGUCCAAAGAAAAUGGCCUUUCGUUCGCCUCAUAAAUUACGAAAAUGCCAUCCGAAAAUAAAUUAGCCAAAAUCGGUGCUAAAUGGACUUGUUAUCCGUGGAGAAUAGGAUCAAUAGACUUCAUAAUCGAUGGAGAAUAGCCUCGAACUGAUUCCGUGAUCUGUAGCCUUAAGAAUAGAAAGAAAAUGGCAUUUCGGAAAAAUCGCCCGAAAUCUGUAAUGGUACCCCUUUGGAAUCUGCCAAAAAUUGACCAGGAAUAAAUCCGCCCAAAUAGGUGCUUAAUGGACUUAAUCAUUGUUGAAAAAUAGCCUCAGGCCGAAUCCGUGACCUGUAACCUUCAAAAUCCAAAGAAAAUGACCUUUCGUCGUCCCUUAAAUUACGAAAAUGCCAUCUGAAAAUAAAUUGGCCUAAAUCGUUGCUUAAUGGACUUAUCAUCCGUGGAGAAUAGGAUCAAUAGACUUCAUUGUCGGUGGAGACUAGCCUCGGCCUGAUUCUGUGAUCUGUAUCCUGUAUAGUCCAAUGAAAUGGCAUUUCGGAAAAAUCGCUCGAAAUCAGUGAUGGUACCCCUUUGGAAUCUGCCAAAAAAUUGACCCGAAACAAAUACGCCCAAAUCGGUGCUUAAUGGACUUAUUCAUUGUUGAAAAAUAGCCUCAGGCCGAAUCCGUGACCUGUAGCCUUCCAAAUCCAAAGAAAAUGGCCUUUCGUCGCCCCAUAAAUUACGAAAAUGCCAUCCGAAAAUAAAUUGUCUCAAAUCGGCGCUUGAUGGACUUAUCAUCCGUGGAGAAUAGGAUCAAUAUACUUUAUUAUCGGUGGAGAAUACCCUCGGACUGAUUCCAUGUUCUGUAGACUCAAGAAUCGAAAGAAAAUGGCAUGUCGGAAAAAUCUCCCGAAAUCUCUGAUGGUACCCCUUUGGAAUCUGGAAAAAAUUGACCCGGAAUAAAUCCGCCCAAAUCGGUGCUUAAUUGACCUAAUCAUUGUUGAAAAAUAGCCUCUGGCCGAAUCUGUGACAUGUAGCCUUCAAAAUCCAAAUAAAAUGGCUUUUCGUUCGCACCAUAAAUUAAGAAAAUGCCAUCCGAAAAUAAAUUAGCCCUAACCGGUGCUUAAUGGACUUAUCAUCCCUGGAGAGUAGGAUCAAUAGACAUCAUUAUCGGUGGAGAAUAGCUGCGGCCUGAUUCCGUGAUCUAUAGCCUCAAGAAGCGAAAGAAAAUGGCAUUUUGGAAAAAUCGCCCGAAAUCUGUGAUGGUACCCCUUUGGAAUCUGCCAAAAAUUAACCGGGAAUAAAUCCGCCCAAAUCGGUGCUUAAUGGACUUAAGCAUUGUUGAAAAUUUGCCUCAGGCCGAAUCCGUGACCAAUAGCCUUCAAAAUCCAAAGAAAAUGCCCUUUCGACGCCCCAUAAAUUACGAAAAUGCCAUCCGAAAAUAAAUUGGCCUUAAUCGUUGCUUAAUGGACUUAUCAUCCGUGGAGAAUAGGAUCAAUAGACUUCAUUGUCAGUGGAGACUAGUGUCGGCCUGAUUCCGUGAUGUGUAUCCGCCAGAAUCCAUUGAAAAUUGCAUUUCGGAAAAAUCGCCAGAAAUCUGUGAUGGUACCCCAUUGGGAAUCUGCCAAAAAUUGACCCCGAAUAAAUCCGCCCAAAUCGGUGCUUAAUGGACUUAAUCAUUGUUGAAAAAUAACCUCAGGCCGAAUCCGUGACAUGUAGCCUUCAAAAUCCAAAGAAAAUGCCCUUUCGACGCCCCAUAAAUUACGAAAAUGCCAUCCGAAAAUAAAUUGGCCUUAAUCGUUGCAUAAUGGACUUAUCAUCCGUGGAGAAUAGGAUCAAUAGACUUCAUUGUCAGUGGAGACUAGUGUCGGCCUGAUUCCGUGAUCUGUAUCCGCGAGAAUCCAUUGAAAAUUGCAUUUCGGAAAAAUCGCGAGAAAUCUGUGAUGGUACCCCAUUUGGAAUCUGCCAAAAAUUGACCCCGAAUAAAUCCGCCCAAAUCGGUGCUUAAUGGACUUAAUCAUUGUUGAAAAAUAACCUCAGGCCGAAUCCGUGACAUGUAGCCUUCAAAACCCAAAGAAAAUGGCCUUUCGUUCGCCCUAUAAAUUACGAAAAUGCCAUCCGAAAAUAAAUUAGCCCAAAUCGGUGCUUAAUGGACUUGUUAUCCAUGCAGAAUAGGAUCAAUUGACUUCAUUAUCGAUGGAGAAUAGCCUCGGCCUGAUUCCGUGAUCUCUUGUCUCAAGAAGCGAAAUAAAAUGGCAUUUUGGAAAAAUCGCCCGAAAUCUGUGAUGGUACCCAUUUGGAAUCUGCCAAAAAUUGACCCGGAAUAAAUCCGCCCAAAUUGGUGCUUAAUGGACUUAAUCAUUGCUGAAAAAUUGCCUCAGGCCGAAUCCGUGACUGUAACCUUCAAAAUCAAAAGAAAACGACCUUUCGUCGCCCCAUAAAUUACGAAAAUGCUAUCCAAAAAUAAAUUGGCCUAAAUCGUUGCGUAAUGGACUUAUCAUCUGUGGAGAAUAGGAUCAAUAGACUUCAUUAUCGGUGGAGAAUAGCCUCGGCUUGAUUCCGUGAUCUGUAGCCUCUAGAGUCCAAUGAAAUGGCAUUUCGGAAAAUUGCUCGAAAUCUGUGAUGGUACCCUUUUGGAAAAUGUCAAAAAUUGACCCGGAAUAAAUCCCCCACAUCACUGCUUAAUGGACUUAAUCAUUGUGUAAAAAUAGCCUCAGGCUGAAUCCGUGACCUGUAGCCUUCAAAAUCUAAAGAAAAUGGCCUUUCGUCUCCCCAUAAAUUACGAAAAUGCCAUCCGAAAAUAAAUUGUCCCAAAUCGAUGCUUAAUGGACUUAUCAUCCGUGGAGAAUAGGAUCAAUAUACUUUAUUAUCGGUGGAGAAUAGCCUCGGCCUGAUUCCGUGAUCUGUAGCCUCAAAAAUCGAAAGAAAAUGGCAUUUUGGAAAAAUCGCUCGAAAUCUGUGAUGGUACCCCUUUGGAAUCUGCCAAAAAUUGACCCGGAAUUAAUCCGCUCAAAUCAAUGCUUAAUGGACUUAAUAAUUGUUGAAAAAUAGCCUCAAGGCGAAUCCGUGACAUGUAGCCUUCAAAAUCCAAAGAAAAUGCCCUUUCGUCACCCCAUAAAUUACGAAAAUGCCAUCCGAAAAUAAAUUAGCCUAAAUCGUUGCAUAAUGGACUUAUCAUCCGUGGAGAAUAGGAUCAAUAGACUUCAUUGUCGAUGGAGACUAGCCUCGGCCUGAUUCCGUGAUCUGUAUCUGCCAGAAUCCACUGAAAAUGGCAUUUCGGAAAAAUCGCCCGAAAUCUGUGAUGGUACCCCAUUGGAAUCUGCCAAAAAUUGACCCGGAAUAAAUCCGCCCAAAUCGGUGCUUAAUUGACUUAAUCAUUGUUGGAAAAUAGCCUCAGGCCGAAUCCGUGACAUGUAGCCUUCAAAGUCCAAAGAAAAUGGCCUUUCGUUCGCCUCAUAAAUUACGAAAAUGCCAUCCGAAAAUAAAUUAGCCAAAAUCGGUGCUAAAUGGACUUGUUAUCCGUGGAGAAUAGGAUCAAUAGACUUCAUAAUCGAUGGAGAAUAGCCUCGAACUGAUUCCGUGAUCUGUAGCCUCAAGAAUAGAAAGAAAAUGGCAUUUCGGAAAAAUCGCCCGAAAUCUGUAAUGGUACCCCUUUGGAAUCUGCCAAAAAUUGACCAGGAAUAAAUCCGCCCAAAUAGGUGCUUAAUAGAUUUAAUCAUGGUUGAAAAAUAGCGUCAGGCCGAAUCCGCGACCUGUAGCUUUAAAAAUCCAAAGAAAAUGGCCUUUCGUUCGGCCCAAAAAUUACGAAAAUGCCAUCUGAAAAUAAAUUGGCCCAAAUCGGUGCUUAAUGGACUUAUCAUCCGUGGAGAAUAGGAUCAAUAGACUUCUUUAUCGGUGGAGAAUAGUUGUGGCCUGAUUCCGUGAUCUGUAGCCUCAAUAGUCGAAAGAAAAUGGCAUUUUGGAAAAAUUGCCCGAAAUCUGUGAUGGUACCCCUUGGAACCUGCCAAAAAUAGACAUGGAAUAAAUCCGCCCAAAUCGAUGCUUAAUGGACUUAAUCAUUGUUGAAAAAUAGCCUCAGGCCGAAUACGUGACCUGUAACCUUCAAAAUCCAAAGAAAAUGACCUUUCGUCGCCCCUUAAAUUACGAAAAUGCCAUCCGAAAAUAAAUUGGCCAAAAUCGUUGCUUAAUGGACUUAUCAUCCGUGGAGAAUAGGAUCAAUAGACUUCAUUGUCGGUGGAGACUAGCCUCGGCCUGAUUCCGUGAUCUGUAUCCUCUAGAGUCCAAUGAAAUGGCAUUUCGGAAAAAUCGCUCGAAAUCUGUGAUGGUACCCCUUUGGAAUCUGCCAAAAAAUUGACCCGGAAUAAAUACGCCCAAAUCGGUGCUUAAUGGACUUAUUCAUUGUUGAAAAAUAUCCUCAGGCCGAAUCCGUGACCUGUAGCCUUCCAAAUCCAAAGAAAAUGGCCUUUCGUCGCCCCAUAAAUUACGAAAAUGCCAUCCGAAAAUAAAUUGUCUCAAAUCGGCGCUUGAUGGACUUAUCAUCCGUGGAGAAUAGAAUCAAUAUACUUUAUUAUCGGUGGAGAAUACCCUCGGCCUGAUUCCGUGUUCUGUAGACUCAAGAAUCGAAAGAAAAUGGCAUGUCGGAAAAAUCUCCCGAAAUCUGUGAUGGUACCCCUUUGGAAUCUGGAAAAAAUUGACCCGGAAUAAAUCCGCCCAAAUCGGUGCUUAAUUGACCUAAUAAUUGUUGAAAAAUAGCCUCUGGCCGAAUCCGUGACAUGUAGCCUUCAAAAUCCAAAUAAAAUGGCUUUUCGUUCGCACCAUAAAUUACGAAAAUGCCAUCCGAAAAUAAAUUGGCCCUAAUCGGUGCUUAAUGUACUUAUCAUCCGUGGAGAAUAGGAUCAAUAGACAUCAUUAUCGGUGGAGAAUAGUUGCGGCCUGAUUCCGUGAUCUAUAGCCUCAAGAAGCGAAAGUAAAUGGCAUUUUGGAAAAAUCGGCCGAAAUCUGUGAUGGUACCCCUUUGGAAUCUGCCAAAAAUUAACCGGGAAUAAAUCCGCCCAAAUCGGUGCUUAAUGGACUUAAGCAUUGUUGAAAAUUUGCCUCAGGCCGAAUCCGUGACCUGUAGCCUUCAAAAUCCAAAGAAAAUGGCCUUUCGACGCCCCAUAAAUUACGAAAAUGCCAUCCGAAAAUAAAUUGGCCUUAAUCGUUGCUUAAUGGACUUAUCAUCCGUGGAGAAUAGGAUCAAUAGACUUCAUUGUGAGUGGAGACUAGUGUGGCCUGAUUACGUGAUCUGUAUCCGCCAGAAUCCAUUGAAAAUGGCAUUUCGGAAAAAUCGCCAGAAAUCUGUACCCCAUUGGGAAUCUGCCAAAAAUUGACCCCGAAUAAAUCCGCCCAAAUCGGUGCUUAAUGGACUUAAUCAUUGUUGAAAAAUAGCCUCAGGCCGAAUCCGUGACAUGUAGCCUUCAAAAUCCAAAGAAAAUGGCCUUUCGUUCGCCCUAUAAAUUACGAAAAUGCCAUCCGAAAAUAAAUUAGCCCAAAUCGGUGCUUAAUGGACUUGUUAUCCGUGGAGAAUAGGAUCAAUUGACUUCAUUAUCGAUGGAGAAUAGCCUCGGCCUGAUUCCGUGAUCUCUUGCCUCAAGAAGCGAAAUAAAAUGGCAUUUUGGAAAAAUCGCCUGAAAUCUUAGAUGGUACCCAUUUGGAAUCUGCCAAAAAUUGACCCGGAAUAAAUCCGCCCAAAUUGGUGCUUAAUGGACUUAAUCAUUGCUGAAAAAUUGCCUCAGGCCGAAUCCGUGACCUGUAAAUUUCAAAAUCCAAAGAAAAUGACCUUUCGUCGCCCCAUAAAUUACGAAAAUGCUAUCCAAAAAUUAAUUGGCCUAAAUCGUUGCUUAAUGGACUUAUCAUCUGUGGAGAAUAGGAUCAAUAGAAUUCAUUAUCGGUGGAGAAUAGCCUCGGCUUGAUUCUGUGAUCUGUAGCCUCUAGAGUCCAAUGAAAUGGCAUUUCGGAAAAUCGCUCGAAAAUUGACCCGGAAUCUGUAGCCCCAUUGGAAUCUGUCCAAAAUUGACCCGGAAUAAAUCCGCCCAAAUCACUGCUUAAUGGACUUAAUCAUUAUUGAAAAAUAGCCUCAAGCCGAAUCCGUGACCUGUAGCCUUCAAAAUCCAAAGAAAAUGGCCUUUCGUCGCCCCAUAAAUUACGAAAAUGUCAUCCGAAAAUAAAUUGGCCUAAAUCGUUGCUUAAUAGACUUAUCAUCCGUGGAGAAUAGGAUCAAUAAACUUCAUUGUUGGUGGAGACUAGCCUCGGCCUGAUUCCGUGAUCUGUAUCCUCUAGAGUCCAAUGAAAUGACAUUUCGGAAAAAUCGCUCGAAAUCUGUGAUGGUACCUCUUUGGAAUCUGCCAAAAAUUGACCCGGAAUAAAUCCGCCCAAAUCGGUGCUUAAUGGACUUAUUCAUUGUUGAAAAAUAGCCUCAGGCCGAAUCCAUGACCUGUAGCCUUCAAAAUCCAAAGAAAAUGGCCUUUCGUCGCCCCAUAAAUUACGAAAAUGCCAUCCGAAAAUAAAUUGGCCUAAAUCGUUGCUUAAUAAACUUAUCAUCCGUGGAGAAUAGGAUCAAUAGACUUCAUUGUUGGGGGAGGCUAGCCUCGGCCUGAUUCCGUGAUCUGUAUCCACCAGAAUCCAUUCAAAAUAGCAUUUCGGAAAAAUCGCACAAAAUCUGUAAUGGUACCCCUUUGGAAUCUGCCAAAAAUUGACAAGGAAUAAAUCCGCCACAAUAGGUGCUUAAUAGACUUAAUCAUUGUUGCAAAAUAGCUUCCGGCCGAAUCCGCGACCUGUAGCUUUCAAAAUCCAAAGAAAAUGGCCUUUCGUUCGGCCCAUAAAUUAUGAAAAUGCCAUACGAAAAUAAAUUGGCCCAAAUUGGUGCUUAAUGGACUUAUCAUCCGUGGAGAAUAGGACCAAUAGACUUCAUUAUCGGUGGAGAAUAGCUGCGGCCUGAUUCCGUGAUCUGUAGCCUCAAGAAUCGAAAGAAAAUGGCAUUUUGGAAAAAUCACCCUAAAUCUGUGAUGGUACCCCUUUGGAAUCUGCCAAAAAUUGACUCGGAAUAAAUCCGCCCAAAUCGGUGCUUAAUGAACUUAAGCAUCGUUGAAGAAUAGCCUCAGGUCGAAUCCAUGACCUGUAGCUUUCAAAAUCCAUAGAAAAUGGCCUAUCAAUGCCCCAUAAAUUAUGAAAAUGCCAUUCCAAAAUAAAUUGGCGCAAAUCGGUGCUUAAUGGACUUAUCAUCCGUGGAGAAUAGGAUCGGUAGACUUCAUUGUCGGUGGAGAAUAGCCUCGGCCUGAUUCCUUGAUCUGUAUCCUCAAGAAUCUAACGAAAAUGGCAUUUCGGAAAAAUCGCCCGAAAUCAGUGAUGGUACCCCUAUGGAAUCUGCCAAAAAUUGACCAGGAAUAAAUCCGCCAGAAUAGGUGCUUAAUGGACUUAAUCAUUGUUAAAAAAUAGUUUCAGGCCGAAUCCGCAACCUGUAGCUUUCAAAAUCAAAAGAAAAUGGCCUUUCGUUCGGCCCAUAAAUUACGAAAAUGCCAUCCGAAAAUAAAUUGACCCAAAUUGGUGCUUAAUGUACUUAUCAUACAUUGAGAAUAGGAUCAAUAGACUACAUUUUCGGUGGAGAAUAGCUGCGGCCUGAUUCCGUGAUCUGUAGCCUCAAGAAUCAAAAGAAAAUGGCAUUUUGGAAAAAUCGCCCGAAAUCUGUGAUGGUACCCCUUUGGAAUCUGCCAAAAAUUAACCCAGAAUAAAUCCGCCCAAAUCGAUGCUUAAUGGACUUAAUCAUUUUUGAAAAAUAGCCUGCGGCCGAAUCAGUGACCUGAAGCCUUCAAAAUCAAAGAAAAUGCCCUUUCGUCGCCUCAUAAAUUACGAAAAUGCCAUCCGAAAAUAAAUUGGCCUAAAUCGUUGCUUAAUGGACUUAUCAUCCGUGGAGAAUAGGAUCAAUAUACUUCAUUGUCGGUGGAGACUAGCCUCGGACUGAUUCCGUGAUAUUUAUCAACCAGAAUCCAUUCAAAAUGGCAUUUUGGAAAAAUCGCCCGAAAUCUGUGAUGGUACCCAUUUGGAAUCUGCCAAAAAUUGAUCCGGAAUAAACCGCCCAAAUUGGUGCUUAAUGGACUUAAUCAUUGCUGAAAUAUUGCCUCAGGCCGAAUCCGUGACCUGAAAAUUUCAAAAUCCAAAGAAAAUGACCUUUCGUCGCCCCAUAAAUUACGAAAAUGCUAUCCAAAAAUAAAUUGGCCUAAAUCGUUGCGUAAUGGACUUAUCAUCUGUGGAGAAUAGGAUCAAUAGACUUCAUUAUCGGUGGAGAAUAGCCUCGGCUUGAUUCCGUGAUCUGUAGCCUCUAGAGUCCAAUGAAAUGGCAUUUCGGAAAAUUGCUCGAAAUCUGUGAUGGUACCCUUUUGGAAAAUGUCAAAAAUUGACCCGGAAUAAAUCCCCCCCAUCACUGCUUAAUGGACUUAAUCAUUGUGUAAAAAUAGCCUCAGGCUGAAUCCGUGACCUGUAGCCUUCAAAAUCUAAAGAAAAUGGCCUUUCGUCUCCCCAUAAAUUACGAAAAUGCCAUCCGAAAAUAAAUUGUCCCAAAUCGAUGCUUAAUGGACUUAUCAUCCGUGGAGAAUAGGAUCAAUAUACUUUAUUAUCGGUGGAGAAUAGCCUCGGCCUGAUUCCGUGAUCUGUAGCCUCAAAAAUCGAAAGAAAAUGGCAUUUUGGAAAAAUCGCUCGAAAUCUGUGAUGGUACCCCUUUGGAAUCUGCCAAAAAUUGACCCGGAAUUAAUCCGCCCAAAUCAAUGCUUAAUGGACUUAAUAAUUGUUGAAAAAUAGCCUCAAGGCGAAUCCGUGACAUGUAGCCUUCAAAAUCCAAAGAAAAUGCCCUUUCGUCACCCCAUAAAUUACGAAAAUGCCAACCGAAAAUAAAUUAGCCUAAAUCGUUGCAUAAUGGACUUAUCAUCCGUGGAGAAUAGGAUCAAUAGACUUCAUUGUCGAUGGAGACUAGCCUCGGCCUGAUUCCGUGAUCUGUAUCUGCCAGAAUCCACUGAAAAUGGCAUUUCGGAAAAAUCGCCCGAAAUCUGUGAUGGUACCCCAUUGGAAUCUGCCAAAAAUUGACCCGGAAUAAAUCCGCCCAAAUCGGUGCUUAAUUGACUUAAUCAUUGUUGGAAAAUAGCCUCAGGCCGAAUCCGUGACAUGUAGCCUUCAAAGUCAAAAGAAAAUGGCCUUUCGUUCGCCUCAUAAAUUACGAAAAUGCCAUCCGAAAAUAAAUUAGCCAAAAUCGGUGCUAAAUGGACUUGUUAUCCGUGGAGAAUAGGAUCAAUAGACUUCAUAAUCGAUGGAGAAUAGCCUCGAACUGAUUCCGUGAUCUGUAGCCUCAAGAAUAGAAAGAAAAUGGCAUUUCGGAAAAAUCGCCCGAAAUCUGUAAUGGUACCCCUUUGGAAUCUGCCAAAAAUUGACCAGGAAUAAAUCCGCCCAAAUAGGUGCUUAAUAGACUUAAUCAUUGUUGAAAAAUAGCGUCAGGCCGAAUCCGCGACCUGUAGCUUUAAAAAUCCAAAGAAAAUGGCCUUUCGUUCGGCCCAAAAAUUACGAAAAUGCCAUCUGAAAAUAAAUUGGCCCAAAUCGGUGCUUAAUGGACUUAUCAUCCGUGGAGAAUAGGAUCAAUAGACUUCUUUAUCAGUGGAGAAUAGUUGUGGCUUGAUUCCGUGAUCUGUAGCCUCAAUAGUCGAAAGAAAAUGGCAUUUUGGAAAAAUUGCCCGAAAUCUGUGAUGGUACCCCUUGGAACCUGCCAAAAAUAGACAUGGAAUAAAUCCGCCCAAAUCGAUGCUUAAUGGACUUAAUCAUUGUUGAAAAAUAGCCUCAGGCCGAAUACGUGACCUGUAACCUUCAAAAUCCAAAGAAAAUGACCUUUCGUCGCCCCUUAAAUUACGAAAAUGCCAUCCGAAAAUAAAUUGGCCAGAAUCGUUGCUUAAUGGACUUAUCAUCCGUGGAGAAUAGGAUCAAUAGACUUCAUUGUCGGUGGAGACUAGCCUCGGCCUGAUUCCGUGAUCUGUAUCCUCUAGAGUCCAAUGAAAUGGCAUUUCGGAAAAAUCGCUCGAAAUCUGUGAUGGUACCCCUUUGGAAUCUGCCAAAAAUGUGACCCGGAAUAAAUACGCCCAAAUCGGUGCUUAAUGGACUUAUUCAUUGUUGAAAAAUAGCCUCAGGCCGAAUCCGUGACCUGUAGCCUUCCAAAUCCAAAGAAAAUGGCCUUUCGUCGCCCCAUAAAUUACGAAAAUGCCAUCCGAAAAUAAAUUGUCUCAAAUCGGCGCUUGAUGGACUUAUCAUCCGUGGAGAAUAGAAUCAAUAUACUUUAUUAUCGGUGGAGAAUACCCUCGGCCUGAUUCCGUGUUCUGUAGACUCAAGAAUCGAAAGAAAAUGGCAUGUCGGAAAAAUCUCCCGAAAUCUGUGAUGGUACCCCUUUGGAAUCUGGAAAAAAUUGACCCGGAAUAAAUCCGCCCAAAUCGGUGCUUAAUUGACCUAAUAAUUGUUGAAAAAUAGCCUCUGGCCGAAUCCGUGACAUGUAGCCUUCAAAAUCCAAAUAAAAUGGCUUUUCGUUCGCACCAUAAAUUACGAAAAUGCCAUCCGAAAAUAAAUUGGCCCUAAUCGGUGCUUAAUGUACUUAUCAUCCGUGGAGAAUAGGAUCAAUAGACAUCAUUAUCGGUGGAGAAUAGUUGCGGCCUGAUUCCGUGAUCUAUAGCCUCAAGAAGCGAAAGUAAAUGGCAUUUUGGAAAAAUCGGCCGAAAUCUGUGAUGGUACCCCUUUGGAAUCUGCCAAAAAUUAACCGGGAAUAAAUCCGCCCAAAUCGGUGCUUAAUGGACUUAAGCAUUGUUGAAAAUUUGCCUCAGGCCGAAUCCGUGACCUGUAGCCUUCAAAAUCCAAAGAAAAUGGCCUUUCGACGCCCCAUAAAUUACGAAAAUGCCAUCCGAAAAUAAAUUGGCCUUAAUCGUUGCUUAAUGGACUUAUCAUCCGUGGAGAAUAGGAUCAAUAGACUUCAUUGUGAGUGGAGACUAGUGUGGCCUGAUUACGUGAUCUGUAUCCGCCAGAAUCCAUUGAAAAUGGCAUUUCGGAAAAAUCGCCAGAAAUCUGUACCCCAUUGGGAAUCUGCCAAAAAUUGACCCCGAAUAAAUCCGCCCAAAUCGGUGCUUAAUGGACUUAAUCAUUGUUGAAAAAUAGCCUCAGGCCGAAUCCGUGACAUGUAGCCUUCAAAAUCCAAAGAAAAUGGCCUUUCGUUCGCCCUAUAAAUUACGAAAAUGCCAUCCGAAAAUAAAUUAGCCCAAAUCGGUGCUUAAUGGACUUGUUAUCCGUGGAGAAUAGGAUCAAUUGACUUCAUUAUCGAUGGAGAAUAGCCUCGGCCUGAUUCCGUGAUCUCUUGCCUCAAGAAGCGAAAUAAAAUGGCAUUUUGGAAAAAUCGCCUGAAAUCUUAGAUGGUACCCAUUUGGAAUCUGCCAAAAAUUGACCCGGAAUAAAUCCGCCCAAAUUGGUGCUUAAUGGACUUAAUCAUUGCUGAAAAAUUGCCUCAGGCCGAAUCCGUGACCUGUAAAUUUCAAAAUCCAAAGAAAAUGACCUUUCGUCGCCCCAUAAAUUACGAAAAUGCUAUCCAAAAAUAAAUUGGCCUAAAUCGUUGCUUAAUGGACUUAUCAUCUGUGGAGAAUAGGAUCAAUAGAAUUCAUUAUCGGUGGAGAAUAGCCUCGGCUUGAUUCUGUGAUCUGUAGCCUCUAGAGUCCAAUGAAAUGGCAUUUCGGAAAAUCGCUCGAAAAAAUUGACCCGGAAUCUGUAGCCCCUUUGGAAUCUGUCCAAAAUUUACCCGGAAUAAAUCCGCCCAAAUCACUGCUUAAUGGACUUAAUCAUUAUUGAAAAAUAGCCUCAAGCCGAAUCCGUGACCUGUAGCCUUCAAAAUCCAAAGAAAAUGGCCUUUCGUCGCCCCAUAAAUUACGAAAAUGUCAUCCGAAAAUAAAUUGGCCUAAAUCGUUGCUUAAUAGACUUAUCAUCCGUGGAGAAUAGGAUCAAUAAACUUCAUUGUUGGUGGAGACUAGCCUCGGCCUGAUUCCGUGAUCUGUAUCCUCUAGAGUCCAAUGAAAUGACAUUUCGGAAAAAUCGCUCGAAAUCUGUGAUGGUACCUCUUUGGAAUCUGCCAAAAAUUGACCCAGAAUAAAUCCGCCCAAAUCGGUGCUUAAUGGACUUAUUCAUUGUUGAAAAAUAGCCUCAGGCCGAAUCCAUGACCUGUAGCCUUCAAAAUCCAAAGAAAAUGGCCUUUCGUCGCCCCAUAAAUUACGAAAAUGCCAUCCGAAAAUAAAUUGGCCUAAAUCGUUGCUUAAUGAACUUAUCAUCCGUGG